GCUUCGUGUUGCAUGGACGUGCGCUUCGUCUGACGUCCUCCGACACGAAUACCGUGUAUCGAUCGUUCUGGCGCAGAGGGAAUUUCGAACCCGAGUCCGUCCCAGAAGAAGAGUGGAGGUGUAUUGAUAACAAUAAACGGAGUUGUUCUGUGACGGUCAGUGUCGUUCGUGAUAAUAACUACCGUGCUGGCGAGCGAAUAUAUCGGACGUGAGUGUUUCCGUGAUUGUGAGAUUGCGGUUUUUUUUUAUUGAUUGUAAUCAAUAAGUGAGUGAGCAACAUUCUAGAAGCUGCUUUGUUGUUCUUGCGCUUCGCAAUGUUGUGUUGAACACGCAUUGCACGUUCUCCGAGGUGGUGUGUAAAUAUAAAACAAUCAUCGCUGCUGAGUAGCGUUUUGUUAUAAAUUAUGGCAUGAAAUACUCGCGCACUCAUAUAUGUGUGUACCGUAUGUACUUGGGUGGAAUACGAGAAGUGUUGUGCUCGGUUGUGUAGCGCUCAGCGGGUGAUCGCUCAUUCUAGCGCUGUCUCACACCCUAGAAUACUGUUCGUAGUCGCUGUUAACGAUCGAGCUGGGUGUGGGUGGUGAUCUGUCGGAAUGGCAUUAGCUCGUUCGUCAAAUAUGACCUGUGUGAGUGCAUGUUAUUGUUUUGCGAGGGCGUUCGGCAUCGAUCGUGAAUCGAUCUCCAAGUGACCGUGUGAUUGACAUCUGUUUGACAAACGUGUUCUCCAUGCAGGAUGAUCAGCUACUGGGUGUGCGAGCAUUACGAGAAGAUCAAGUGAAAGAGAAGACGAUAAUGACAAAAGGCAACAGCAAUAAAACAAGCAAUAAAGUCAUGUUAAGUCAAAAGCUGAAGAUCAACGACGGAAGUGCUACAAAGGAUGAAAAAAUCGAUCAUUCAUUCGCUUUUGUGCAUGUGUCAGCGGAAGAGAUGGAUUGAGCAUCAUCGCGCAUUAGCCGAAGUUCCGAAGAAUCUCCAGUAGCCCAGACACGCACACAAUACAGUCCGUUGUUGAAUCAACUUCUCGGCGAGCGAGAGGAUCCACCGGGGGUCGGUCGGCAAGUCGAAGAAAACACAAACAAGGAAACACGCGCCUACUUGGGCGGCGGCGGUGGCGAUCGGAUCGGUCGGUGGAAAAGAUCUUCAGAGCUAUCGCAGAGCAGCGAUCGAACCUUGCCGUUGGUUGAAGAACAAGCUUCAAAGCCGCGCGGCGAUCAUUCGUUGCGCGCAGCAAUUAUUAUGAUUAGAUGUGUGUGCCUUAUUAAAUGAAAGUGAUUUCGCAUCGCGCAAUUAAGCAUUUAAAGUGUAUCGCUCGCUGUUCGCUGCGGGCCGACUGGUGUCUUUGUGUCUGUGCGCUGGUUCAAGUGUGAGUGGCUGCAAUCAGCUGGGUCGGUGAAAAGAUAACAGUCAUUUUCGGGCCGGGGGGUCUUCUAAGCCCGAGCGAGACUAAGCCCUGACCAAGGCAACAGAAGGUGAUCGAGAGCAACCGGCGGCAACACCGUACCACCAUGGACAACGAAUCGGACGGCUCUGACCGGUGGGAGGAUUUUUUCGGUAGCAGUACCAGCUUGGCUCCCUCCCUGCUGGGCUAUUACGACUCGUUAGCUACCAAGGUGACUGACGAACCCAACGUCAACGGUAACACCGAGAGUUCGGUAGCAGAGUCUACGACCACCAGCAUCAAAACUGCAAGCUCGUCGUUAUCGGUAAGCCAGCAGAGCAUCACUACCAUCACCGAAAGGUCCUGCCAGUCCAGCAAACUCAAGACCCUCAGCUUCAGCAACGGAUCAAGUCUACGUCCCAUCCGAGUAGCACCACAGCUGCCCAAAUCCGGAGACAAAUUCCGUAAUCUAUCUAACAACGUCGCAAGGAUAUUGUCCAAUACGGAAACAGCCGUAGACUCGGAGACCAACCGACCGCGACCACCACCAGCACCCUUCCAUCGCAACCAACUUCAUACUUUAUCGUUUAACUCUGGUCGCACCACAGCCUCCACGUCGCGGUUUGUCUUGAAAAACAUCCCACUGUCCAGAAACAUUACAAAACUCAGUCAUCUCGGAAGAGAACCAGAGCGAGAGUCCACUAACGCAUUCAGCUCGCCGGAUACUUCCAAUGGAAACUGUGAUACUUCCAUCGAGGAAGACAUCCCCAAGCUGAGCUUCAUCCAGCAGCGAAUCAAGUCGCUCACUUCGGCCCUCUUCGACAACGACGAAGACUCCGAAGUAGCCAAAAACCAGGUCAACCAACAGCCGACAAGCACCGUCCAGGACGACGUUGACCCCGAACCAGUUCUCCGCAAUCCGGAAAAGUCUAUGGAAGCUAGUCAAGUGGAUCAGCAGGAUGCCUUCGUGGAGAACUGUGACGAGUCCGAGAACCGCAACACCAUCGUGGAAACCAGAAAUCCCUUACUGAGCCUAGUCGUAGUUGAACCUUCGGCAGAAGAAACCGAACGCAACCGCAAAACGACCCUGAACUCUUUCCCGCGGAACCUCCAAAUUUCGCCAAAACUUCCGCGGUCCACCUCAACCUCGACUCCAUCCCUGGACACCAGUUCCGCCUCACUGUCUUCCAGCAAGACAUCCCUCACGCAGCAGAACGCCCCGGGAACUCCUGUUCUCAGCACCCGACCGCUCUCCGCCUCGUCCAUCUGUUCGUACUCUUCGAGCAGCAGUUCCGGCUCGGAGCACCUGCUACUAGUCAACGGGAAAUGCUGCGGAGCCCCGUCCUACCAGGCCAGUGUUGAAAGUCUAGCCGACCAGAGCGAGUGCGAACAGAGUGCGACCGGCAGCAGCGGGCUAACCAUGUGCGAACGAGCCGUCAGGGAGAUCAUCGACUCGGAGCGAAGCUUCGUCGAGGAUCUCGGGCAGAUCAUCAAGGGAUACCUGGAAGACUGGAAGGAACGAGCCUGUCUCAAGGUGGACGAGCUAGAAAUCCUCUUCAGCAACAUCCAGGAGAUUUGGGACUUCAACAGCCGGCUGUUGAACCGCUUGAACGAAACCAAAGGUGAUCCGGUCAAAAUCUCCGGUUGCUUCAUCGAUCUCCAUGAGGAUUUCGAUUGCUACACUACCUAUUGCACCCGUUACCCGGAGGCAAUCGCUCUGCUCACCAGUCUCCUGCAGGCCACCCACACGAACGCCCUGCUCAUCCACACACAGAAGAUGCUCAACCACAACCUGCCGCUGGGUUCGUACCUGCUGAAGCCGGUCCAGCGGAUACUGAAGUACCAUCUGCUGCUUGAUAACCUGCGCAAACACUGCGACGACAAACAGGUGGCCCACGCGCACGAGCUUAUGAAAAGCGUCGCGCACAACAUUGAUCAGGUCAAGAAGAAGCUGGAACAGCAAAGCCGCGUUAAGGAGCUGGCCGGCAUCGUCGACGGGUGGCUCGGGCCGGAUCUGUCGGUGCUGGGUGAACUGCGCCAGGAAGGGCUGCUCAGCGAGCAUGCCAAACCGCGGGUCGUGCUACUGUUCCAGACGAUGCUCAUCAUCACCAAGCCCAAGGAGGACAAGCGGUUGCAGUUUCGUGCUUAUAUUCCGUGCAAGAACCUCAUGUUGGUGGAGCAUCUACCGGGCGAGCCGACCAGCUUCAACGUGAUCCCGUACAACGACCCGAAGGGCCAGAUCAAGCUCACCGCUCGCAAUCGGGACCAAAAGCGACACUGGGCCCAGCAGAUCAAACAAGCCAUGUUGGAGCACUUUGACAUUCCGAAACGGGCCAAGGAACUGGUGCUGCAGCUUGGCGAUGAAGAUGAUCGCAUGGCCGACAAGAAUGCCAGCUGGAAGUGGCCCACGCAUCACCCGUCAACGCCCGAAUACUUGGAACGGAGACAACAGUUUCGUCGCAGCGAGAUGCGAAUGCGCUCGAAGAAGAUGCGCAAGAAUACGGCCAGCAGCAUAUCGUUGGAUGGGAUCUCGCAGAAGGACGUUAAGCAACCCACGUUCCAGUCGUACUCGAAAGCGCUGGAGCAAGAGGGUGGCGGCGAAGAAGCGGCAAUGACGAAGGAUGAUUCCGGUGGAUGUAAGUGCGAUUCAGUGAAGAAGGAGCUGGAGCAGAAGCAGCUGAAGAAUAGAAGUCGCUCGGAGACAAGGCUGCCGGAGGACCGCAAGGGGUUGAAGAUGAGCGACGAGGAGAUUUUUGCAAAGGCAAUGGCAGAGAGAAAUAGGUUUGCAACGCAGCGAAGGAAGACGAAGGAGAGUCUGGUAGAUGUGAAGUCGUACAACACGACGACUAUACCGAAGCGAAUAGCCAAUAUACGAAAGACCAGAUCCAAAACGUUGACAGGGAAUUCGACGUUCUAUACGGAUCUGGAGCUGGGCGAUGGUGAAGAGGAUACGACGGUGCUGAAGAUCACCGAAUCGACGGAUAAUCUGAGUUUGGUGGAUGCGGUAGGAGAGGGUGAAGUGGAGGUUAGAAAAAGUGGUGGGGCUAAAGAGAUGGAAGGAGAAGGUAGCCCGAGGAGGGAUUCGGAUAUAAUCUCUCAGUUGGUGUUGGAGAAGACUGAGUUCAGGAAGAUGAGUAGACCACCGAAAAAGAAGUCAUUCGAUUCGGUUCGAUCACUGUCGUGUACUAGUCAAGAAGAAGAUGGUGGUUCUGACCGUAGGGAGGUGGAAGAGGAGCAAGCACUUCCUGAGUUACCAAAAACGGAACCUCCAGAAGAGAUCGAGGAAGAUGAAUUCAGGGAGGUUGAUGAAUUAAACAAGGAGUCGGAGGACUUGUUGAACCGGUUGAACGAAAUUCAAUCUGAUCUUACCUCGCCUGAACCGAUCUACGAGUCUUUGCUAAGGAACGUCCAUGUUCCGUACAAGUAUGCCCCUCCGUUGACCAGGUCCGUAUCGCAGCAGUACGGAAAAGGUCAGGAGUCGUCGUUGAAGUCGGACGCUAAGCCGAAGAGAUCCCGUCCGGAUUCAGAUUAUGUAACACUUGCUUACUCGGAGAAUGGCCUGGUCAACAUCGAUGGUCAAUCUGUCGUGCCGAAGUCUUCGAUUGCUCAGCUGAGGAACAGCGAUACCAAUAUCAACUAUCAUCAUCCGUGGCGAAAGGACGAAGAAUCCGGACCCGUGCAGGACACGCGCUCCGAGAUUGUAACACUCGCAAGCGAGGAUACCUUGAAGCCACUGGAACGACAAGGAAGUCUCAGUAUCAAGUCACCAAAGAACUUGCUCCAAAGAUUCAUCAGCCUUCAUGCUUCUCCAUCAACGACCGGAAGUUGCGACAGCAACCUCAAUCAACGCAAGAUUUCCAACCCAGAGGAUCCAACACCCAUCUACAAGCAGGGAAGUCUGGACCUAGGUUCGCGGAUUGCCAAUCUUGAUUAUGCCGAUCCACGAACGCUUUUUACUAGCCCGAACCAACAACCCAACAUUCUCAUCAACCGAGGAUCCUUGAAGCCUCUAUAUUCAACAGAUCUCGAACAGCGAGACUCCAUCUUCUCACUCAACUCAUCCAACGACAGCGUCUGCGGAGUUCAAAUCGAACUGGAAGACGACUCGUGUGGUUUCUACGAGAAAUCCGUUGAGGAAUGUCUGGAGAACGAAGACUUCCGCGAUUCAGCAGUCUACAGUGGAGACGACAAUCGGCCCGACCUGGACGACCAGGUGGUGUACGAAUCGAUUGGAGAAAUCAACCAGCAACGGCAACUGCUGAGGUCCACCUCGCAGGUUGCGCGUUCAUCUUCUUCGGCUUCCAGCAGUUCCAGUGGACCACCGCCUCCUGUUCCGGUGAAGCCCGCUCACCUAGAGCAGAUGAAGAAGGUUAAACCACGAGUGGCCAGUGGGGGUUCGGAUACUUCCACUCCUACCAAGGUCUCCCCGGCUCCCAAAGGAUGGGUCCUACAGCAGGUUAAGAGAUUUCAGUGAACACGAGAGACUGAGGAAUGUGCCUUACUGUAACUGGUCGAAUGUAUCAAAGCCAAAAAGUGUGGGCCCAGAAUCGCCCAAGAUUUCAAUGUCGUGGUUUGUUCGUUUGAGUGUUUUACAUGUUUUAGUGAUAAAAGCCAAACGGUUGCGUUUCGUCAGUUUUUUUUUGGGGGACGCGUGUGUUCUAUUCAUCAAAUAUUGUAUUUAUUACCUACUCCAGUUUUCCACACCAAUAAUAACACAGAUAGGUUUAUUUAUGUGAUUUAUAAUUUCGUUACUCUAGUAGAGAAUUUUAGAAGUUUCUGCGAGAAUAGGCUGAAAGCGGGAAGUGAAUUAGAAGAAUUAUAAUGCGAAAAUCAUCACGGUAAUUUUAGUUUAGAACCGCAAACGUCAGCAGCAUGCGCCAUAAAUGUUCGAGGAAAGCAAUCGAUUUUCAUCACUACUGGAAGCAAUAUGUUAAGUUAUAAAGUUUUAAUCUAUUUAAAAAAUAAA